UGCGGCGAAGACCGCUACCAGGGGCAGGGGUCUGCCAGGUUUGCAAAGUAGCGACAAGCAAAAGCCAAACGCAUUGCAACAACAAGCCGCGUUGAGAUGUGCAGUUCAGAAGCGCAAGCGCGUAUCGCCAGCAACGUCUUCAGGUACUUGAGCGAGUCGAGCGAUUGGUGGGAAGUCGAGUCGAAGAUCUGCGAUAAGUGCAGCACGCACUACCUGACGGGCAAGCGAAGCAAAGACGCCGAAGCUAUGCUCCUUGUGCCCCUCUCGGUUAAUCUCGUGCUCGACUUCGAAGCCAUUGAGAGCAUCCUUUCUUGUCUUCCGAGCGUAGCGAAAGUUACUCUUGCUCUGCAGGACGGCGAUACGAACGUGGUCUUCUACGACGUCGCUUCGGGAAUCGUGCAUCCUCCGCAGCAAGUCAAGACCACCGGAGACGACGAGGCGUCGACCGACAACUGAAAGUUCCGUUGUCAUCAUGUCGAACGCUGGAAAAGCGCAGCCGGCGGCCGCCACGGAGAGCGCAAACUGGCGCUUGCUGGCCUGCCACAACUUCGUUUCCCAAGACGUCUUCGUCACAGAGGACAAGGACAUCGUAGCCAUGUGCGCGGCUAGGGACAAGCUUCUCAUCGCCACUUCCAGGAUGAGCGUGGAGGUCCGCGAUCUCAACUCGAAAGGAUUGCUGCUGUUCGCGUUCCCGACCACCGAUCAGGCGGUGAUGAUCGACUACUGCGAAGGGGCAAACUUCGUGCUGGCCUUGGAGAAAAAGAUGACGCGGUCCGUGGACGCGUUUCACGUGCGCGCCUACUUCAGCUGGUGGGUCGAGCCUUGCAACCAGGUCCCGAUGAUGAGGGAGGCCGGAUCUGAACCGGAGAGCAACGGCGGCGGCAGGCGACUCGAAAUAGUCGAACUGCCCGUGAAAAGGCACGGUCUGUCUUGCGUAGCGUGUUGCCGUCAGGCGGGCACGACUCUUGUUGCGGCCGGCCGUACCGUCAGUGUGUUUGUUCUCAAGACUGCGUACGACAAGACGAAGAAACAGAUGUACAAUGACUUCGAACGGUUGAUGCAGCUUGAAAUCCGCUUUCAGCCGAGCAGCGUUUAUGUGUGUGAAGAUCACGUGGCCUGUUGCACCAACAGCGAGAUUCUCGUCUUUCAGAUUAGGCAAGAGACCGAAGCAAUCAAAAGCUCGGAGGCCGCAGAAGCCACGAAUACUGGCAGCCAGAAGAAGAAGCAGGUAGCGAUAAACAUUCCAGGAAGCGACGCCAUCCCAGAUGACCCAAACUAUGUCCAAUUGAGGUUCGAAUCCGACGAAUCUACGGAGUGGGUAAAUGCGAGUUGGGAGCAGGAAUUGAAAACCAUCCUGCAUCCUUCGUGCUUUCCAGUGGAACUCACCCUCAAGCCGGUGGGCAAGAGUCGCAAAAAAGAUUUGGAGGACUCAGACGCAAUUGUUCUUGGGCCCAGGGUCAAUCCUCCGGACUCCUGUAAGGUUGCUGUCACUGUCGAUCCCGACACCGACCUCGUUUCCUCGCUCGAAGUCUCUGCCGUUGUGUUACUGUAUAGGUGUUUCAGCAGUAGAGAGAGCGGGCCUGUGAUCGCGUUCCAUUGGAUGCCGUAUUAUGUCAACGAUAGCAUGGCGCACCCUCUCACGGAGGCCAUGUCAAAUGCCCCAAAGACCGCUUCGUUUGUCCUGCAUUCCGGAAUUUUCACCAAGCUGAGAACAUUGGCCUGCCUGGUCUCAUCGGCAAAGCGUGGCUACCUGUACAGGUUGAGCGACAUUCCGCAGCUUGUGAGCAUCUACAGGUACUCCAAGGAAGCAAAGAGCGUGGCAGUCGACGCGUUCUUUCUCCAUGCACUAACAAUUGCGGGGCUAGAAACCUACACUGUUCCCAUUUUGUAUGAGUCAAAGGAGCUCGUUGACUCACGCAUAACCCCAUCAGGAAAACCAACGGUGAUGGUUGGCUUACGACCAUUUCUGGGCUUGAAGACGUUACUCAUGUCAGACCAGCAUCUAGUCAUGGCUUCGACUGCAGGUGGUGACUCGGUAACGAGUCAGGAGGCAACGGAGCCUUCGUGCACUCUGUAUUCUCUUAUGAAACCUUCCAUGGAUCAAUUCUUUUUGGAUCUCAAAGAGGCUGCUAGCAUGCGUAAAGAUGAUGAUCUGUUGUCUUACAUAAACGCUGUCAAGCACGGGUUUCGUCUUCUAAAUCUCAGCAUUGCACUCAAGGGCAGGUAUUCCUGCAGUUCCGAAUUGCUCUCGGUGUACUCUGAUGCGUGCUGCAUUCUGGGGGACACUUUCCUAAAGAGUGAAUUACCUGCCGAAAGAGAGAUUGCCGCGUUGUACUACAGCUUGUCCGAAGAGUGCAUUGAGACAAUUGUUAAUAGAAUACUCUUCUUCAAGGGCCUCCUAAACAAAUCUCACUUGGCUAAGACUGUUGCACAGUACAUCAGAAUGGUCUGCGAGCAAUCUACUUCACUGUCAGCCAAGAAGUUAGUGCCCAUGUCGUCCACCCUGGCAGACACCAUACUCGAAAUAUUUUCGGAAGUGUGUCCAGAAUACUUGCACAAGCUUGUCCUGUGUACGACUUUUACAGCCUUCAGGUCGGAGAAGGCGCUGACCCUGCUGAAGAGAAAUUUGUUCGACAGGCGACAAAGUCAGGGCCAAGCUGCCGACAGCUUGGCGUGUGUACAGUUACUGCUGCAAAGUGGGAACGCCGAGGCAGGUAAAGCCAUGCUGAAGACACUUUCCAAGGAGUUCCUGGUGCCCGUGCUCCUGGAAAUGCAUGAGCUCGUGCACAGGAACCAAGUCCUCACGCCACUGGGCGAGCUUGUCAAGGCCACCAGACCCGACGCCUACUUUUCCAUGUUGGUGCACCUGAAGAACAAUGGAACGAUGGCGCCGGAGCAGAUUGUCUUGGUCCUCCAGCACGCUGCAAGCCCUCAGGCCGAGCCCCACUGCGUCCCGAUGCUGAGGGAGUUCCUGGAGGCCACACUUUCGAGCAAGCGUACUAACGCCCAGGCGUAUCCUCACCUCCUCAUGACGCUCGUCAGGGCCUAUGUGGGCAAAAUGGCACCCUACAGUGGUUCGGGAAGUCCUCAACAGAUGCCGGUACAGCUGGUUCACACGAAGCCGGCCACCCUGUUCGGGAACCGGGCCUCCUGGCUCCUGGAACUGCCCCCGUUCUUGGGGCGGACUGUCACGAAGACCUGCAACCAGUACUCGACCACGAUAAACCUUGCCGAGUGCUGCAUCUGCUCCAGUUGCUGGGACGAGCUGCUGCGUAUGCAGUCGCUCCUCUGCUCAGACCUGUUGCCCGCUUCGCUCCGACCGCAAGUUCUGGACGUUCUGGAACAGUCGUUGCUCCUCGAGUCGGAGAACUAUGUGUCUCUUAAGGUCCUCUGCUUGCCCCCCGCCAAGGCGCUUGCGCUGCUCCUCAAGUCGUAUCCAACCGCCGUGUUGGAAUUCAUGGUACACAAAUUCCCAGAAGACAGUGGAGAGUGGGUGUCCCUGUACACGUCCGUGAGCAACAAGCUGCAGGCGGCAAGCAAGAAAAAGAAAGCAGGUGUUUACAAAAGCAUCAUGGAAGGUGCGCUGUCUUACCUGAGCCAAGCGCUGACGCCAGAACAGCUCGUUGAUCUGCUUCCACCCGGCAAGCAAGAGUACGCGGAUUAUGUGAAACAGUGCAUGGAACGAUACCAGGCAAAACAACUGAGAGAGAAGAUUGUUGCACUUGGGACAGAGCUAAAGGACAUGAUGUAAAUAUUAUGGAAAAUAGAGUGUGGCGACUUCAUUGUAUA